GGAAGCACCACAUUCUUUUGCAGCAAAGGAGGCACUCAAGAGGGAGGGGAGCAAGAUGACCGAGGUGGUGCCCUGCAGGAUAUAAAUACAGGCAAAUCUCCCCCACUCUUCUGAGUGUUAGGGAGGUGGAACCGAGACUCACAGCAGACUUUUGUGGGGCAGGAGGAGAACCAAGCUCAAGAGACAGCGAGUUCACCACCAAGGAGCAGCCCAGAGCAAUGUCCCUGGCUGGGGUAAGCUGCCUGGUGACAGGGGCAGGAGGCUUUCUUGGCCAGAGGAUUGUGUGCUUGCUGCUGGAAGAAGAAGAGGCGCUGGCUGAGAUCCGGCUGCUGGACAAAGCCUUCAGCGCUGAGGCGCUCGGGAGGUUUGACAAGUUCAAGGGGAAGACUGAGGUGAAAAUCCUGGAAGGGGACAUCCGAGAUGUGACAUUCCUGCACCGAGCCUGCCAGGGGGUCUCCCUCGUUAUCCACACGGCUUCCCUCAUUGACACCCUGGGCCUCAUCGAGAAGAAGCUGCUCUGGGAAGUCAAUGUAACAGGUACUCAGCUGCUGCUGGAGGCGUGUGUCCGCUGUAAUGUCCAGCACUUCAUUUACACCAGCACCAUAGAAGUGACAGGCCCAAACUGCAAAGGGGACCCCAUUUUCAACGGUGACGAAGAUACAGCUUAUGAGAGCACAUCCAAAUUUCCUUAUGCCCAAACCAAGAGACUGGCAGAGGAUUCUGUGCUGAAAGCAGAUGGCCAGGUGCUGAAGGAUGGUGGCACGCUGAUGACCUGCGCCCUGAGAUCCAUGUACAUUUUUGGGGAGGGCUGCCCGUUCCUCCAAGGCCAUCUGGAUAAGUGCCUGCUGAACAAGAACAUCUACCUGCGCUUCUCCAGGAAGGAGGCUCUGGUGAACCCCGUGUACGUGGGGAACAUCGCCUGGGCACACGUGCAGGCCGCCAAGGCCCUGCGAGCCCCGCAGAAAGCCCAGCACGUCAGGGGCAGGUUCUACUACAUCUCAGAUGACACUCCCCACAUGAGCUACGCUGAUCUGAAUUACGAGCUGACCAAGGAGCUGGGGUUUGGCAUCGAGCCCCGGCUCCCCAUGCCCCUGACGGUGCUCUACUACUUCUCACUGCUGCUGGAGGUGGUCAGCUUCCUGCUGCGGCCCUUCGUCCGAUACGUGCCCUCCACCAACCGCCACCUGGUCACGCUGCUCAACACCCCCUUCACCUUCUCCUACAGAAAAGCACAGCAGGAUUUUGGCUACGUGCCCCGCUACACGUGGGAAGAGGCCAAGCAGGGCACCGGGGAGUGGAUUGCCUCUGUGAUCCCCCAGAGAAGGCUGUACUUGCAAAGCAGCACCGCCUAAGCCUGAGGAGGAGCUGAAACCCAGCUAAGCAAGGAGGGCCUUGAGCCAAGGGAGAGCUGGGGGAGCAGCAGCAAACUACAAAGCAUUUAAAUGAAUACUUUGUGUAAGAGCACACUGAAACCCCUCACCCCCAACCUCAGAAUAAAUAAAAGUGAAACGUUCAUUUGUUUGUUGAGUACAGGCUGAUGAGGGUAACUGUACUGCGUAGUCCCACUUGUACAUCUCUGCAGCACAAAGGUUUAUUUCAGCAAGACUCCAUGGUGUGAACACUUCAGCCCUUCUUUCACUCCAUGCCACCUUCAAGGCUUUUGUAAAACACAACUUGUCCUAGAAGUAAGAUACUUUACAAAUGUGCGCCACUCAGCUACACCCUGUUCACUCAGAGUUUGCCAAGCUCACCAAACAGGCAGCAGGCAGAAGCCACCUGAUGGCAAAAGCUGUAACAAAUCUUGUUCACUUUUUCAAGGAUGUUGUGCAUUUCAUGUUCACCUGACAGUCAAACUCUGAGCACCGUAAGCAUUGUGAGAUCAAAAGUACAAUAUGAGUUUGUAUGUAGUUUUAGUUAGGACAGUGUGUGGAGGGAGAGAAUGGACAGAUUUGGUCAGGUGAAUACUUCUUUAUACACCCUCAUUUUGCAAUAAAUUCGGUGGGUGUCCAGCAGAACAACUUCAAGAAAAGGGAAGGGAGAAAAGUAUUCAGGAAGGCCUUGAUCACAGAGGGAUUCCCACUGCGGAGUCAAUAUAUUUGUGAACACUGAGGAAAAAUAAAGAGUGCUGAAAAAAAUCCUGCUCUUACCACGUUUCGGCUGGGAACAAAGGCUAACUUUAGCUGAUAGGUACACAUAUGCUGCCUCUGUGCUUCUCUGAUGGCCACAUGAGCUUCUGCACAGUGUGUAACUUGACUUGUGAGCAAAAAUACAGACCUUUUCUGAGCAAACAAAUGUGAUCCAGUGUUUGUUUCUCAAACAUGCAUCUCACUUGCUGAAAAUAACUCUGAAAGAUGGGAAUUUCUGUGUUGUUUUGGAGGUGUGAACAGAAACAUUUUACCUUACUCAAUACCAGUGUAAAUAAAUCACAUUUCCAGGGAUGCUGAAUGCUGGAAGUCUGUGCUGAGUUUAAUUAUUCAGCAUCCUAGACAUUAGAUAGUCCCAGUGCAAACAUUACUAAGUGCUUUAGUAACAUCUUGGUUAACUGUGUAAGAUCUGAAGCAGUAGAAUAGCAGACACCAGAACUGUCUGUCAUAUUCUGGGGACACAGAUCCCCACAAGGCUUUGGUUUCCAUCCGCCUGUGAGGAGAUUACUUAAUCCCUCCCUCCCUUCAGAUGUGUGGUGAUUCACCUUUUCUGCCACAGUGGCAAUGAUUAUAAAACAUCCUGAAGGAACACAGGGCUACUCCCAGGAGAGGUUUGGGGAGAGAAGGGAAGGUCACAACCACUUUGGGUGCAGCUGCUUUAGUCCCUGGCAGGGCACCUGCUGGUCCAUUUCAGGCUCACCUCUCCCUGCAGCUGGGACACUGCACUUAGGUCUCUGGGCUUUCUUCUUCUCCACCCCCUGCCAUGGACACUGUUCCUCUUCCCUCCCCUGCAGACACACUCUUGUUUUAUUUAUUCUGCUCUCUGCACACCCUUAGGAAAACAAAAACGUGUUUAACUCAGUAACACCCACAGUCUUUCUGGGCUAAUGAUGUUUCAUCCUAAUGCUCAGUGGGUGCCAAGCAAGGGGUGCAGCCGUGGCUGCUCUGUCACUGAGGUAGGAGUAGGAAGGGCAAUCUAGGUACAGGGAAUUAGAGCAGGAAGGGAAGAGGGAGAACAACAGCAGCAAAGCCACUGUUUAAUAGGGGGGAGACACUUCACACAUCAGAGGGAUGGGGUAUUAAAACACAUACCAGAAAACUGGGACAUCUUUCCACAUUUAACAGAGGUCCUAAAAUAUCCACAGAUGCUGCCAGAGAGAAAAAACGACAAUUUUUCUUCUACAGUUCAGUGACUUCUCUCCCAAGUGCAAGCUCCCAUUGCCAGAGCUUUCUUUGCCAUUUUUGCCUUCACAGGAAGACAGUGGGAUCUUUUCAUCUUCCCAAAAGCCUUGCUCCCAACAGUCAGAUUUCUACAUGGCAAAUUCCUCCUUUCUUGGACUUCCUCCCUGUGUCUUGCUACCACAUCCCUUCCUUCAAUCCCCAUGGCAAGCCAUUCCUGCUUACAGGAAGCUUAUUCCCCACUUCUGUCCCUCCCUGAGCACUCCUAGGUUGGCAUCUGUGUUGUCUUUUGCUUCAGGUGACUGCCCAAAAUAGUGGAGUGCCUGGAAUAAAACAUCCUGGAAGCCCAAGGGAACCACCUGAGACAUUUCUCCUGCUGCUCAGAGGCACUGGAGCUGUUUUGUGCUAUUACCCAGUAACAAACAGAAGCCAAUAAGGAUAUGCCAAGGAUGCCAAGAGGGAGAACAGGCAAACUUACUGCAGAGGGUUGAUUUUCUGCAAGUUUGCACUCCAGUCUACUCUGCAGCAGCUUGUUUUUAUACUCUUACUCUUGGCAGGUUAGCAAAAUGGCUACAAAAUGUACUUGAUCAGGAUGAGCCCUUAUUGUUUUUACAUCAGCUGACCAGGACCAUUCUUCCGAUUUAAUUAGUUUGUCUGGCAAUCAAUAAAGCAAACUAUUGGUUAUCAAUGAAGCUCCACUGUCAACAGAAUCACACUCAGUAAGAAGAACUUUACUUCUGUAUAAACAGUGGAAAAGAAAAAAAAAACCCCAAAACAUUAAGGCUGAUUUGAUGGAAAGGUGUUUAUUUACCCUUUAGACAUACAGAAAAGUAAGAAAUAGCAAAUAUAUAUCAGUGAUACUUACAUGCUACAGGCAAAUUAAUUACUUCUGGUUCCAGCAGGUUUAAAACCCUACAUUUAUAAAGAACACCAUUUGCUGUUAAAUAUUUUGUCACUGGAGAGGUGCAGAGUUUUGCUUGCUAAAAGGGAGCAGGACCUAUAAUAACACACAUUUUGGACAGAUUUAGAAAUAAGGAAGAUGUUCCAGAGGAACAGAAGCAAAAGUGGCUAUCAUGUCAAUACCAGAAAUCCAUGCCUGGAAUUGGUAUCAUUAAUAUAGGAUGCAGUCAAUGGAGGACAGUUGGAUAGUUAAUGCCAAUGAGCAUGUUUUUGUGAAAAAUCCAUUCUAUCAGACACGCAUGACACUGCUAUUCUGAGUGCGUUGCAGACUUCAAAUAAAAAUAAUUUAUUUUUUUUUUACAUUCUGAAAUUAAAUGAAUUCAUACAGACUAAACUAUAAAACUCACAAAAUUAUUAUUAACUUUCUCAAGUAUGAUCUUUAAAAUUGCUUUUUUUCUUUUUUAAAGCUUUGGCUCAGUUCACAGACUUUGUGCAGAAUAACAAUGUGAAAAGUUAUGUACAGCCCCUGUUAUGUAGGAAACCAAAAGUACCAAUUGUUUCUUGACCUGAAAAACCUGUCCCGUAUACCUGUAGAUAUAAUAGAUUAUAGUGCCUGUAAAGCUAAUUUGGGAAGUGGGAGCACAGUCGGGUACAUUCCCAAAGAACAAUUUCACCACUCCUUGCCAUGACCCCUGCAGUCCCAUGAAAUACUCUUCUCCCUCCUGAAAGCUCUCCAUCUCAGUUCAAAAUCCACCGGAUAACUGGAAUUCAUGUGUGGCUGUGCAAUGGAAUUUUUACUCCGACAAGUGAUUGCUAUUUCUAGACACUCAUUCACAAAGCUAAACUUGUCUCAUGUCUUAAAUAAGAUGUGUCUCUCCAGUGCUGGCAGCAAGCACUGAAUAUUAAGCAGUUAAGGAUUAAUCUGCAAAAGGGAAAAGAACAUUAAUCAAAAAUAAAGAUUUAUUAAAUCUCCAGCUUGAUCCUAUAACAGGUGCCACUCAAAAUGCUUAACAUGCAUUGUGGAAGACCAUCAAGACAGAGAAAGAUUGGGAUUUUUUUGCUGCCUAAAAUGUGGAAAGACAAUCUAGAAACUUAAAAGGAAACAAAAUACAUGUGGGCAAAAAUUGCUUUGAAGGUACAUAUACCUGGUAAUCAUCUCAUCUUUUCUUUUUUCUUUUUUUUUUUUUGUAAAAAGAAAAUAAAUUACAGGGGUGAAGCAUCUUCAGCUUCUCUAUUUUCUUUUUCAAACAUUCUUGCACCUCAACAUUUUCAAUGUGGUGAUUUCAUCAGAAGCUAGAUAUAUAUUUUUCUGAUAAUCCCACAUGCAAUUUUAGUUAUACAUUUAGGUUUAAUUUAUCAAGACCAAAAGCACACUGGAUUUUUGACACACACUUGGGCAUUCUACAUGCUUUAUUUGCAAGUGCUGAUGACAUAAAGAACGCUGCACACUCACCACUAAGUCCAAGAAAUUCACUUUCAGGGGGAGCUUCUUUUGGUCCAUCUUGGAAUUGAUGUCUCUUGUCCACAGGGCUCUUGGAAUAAACUCUGGCACAGAGGUAUUGAUGCAGCAAUGGUCUCUGGCCAGCCAAGAGCAAUAAUCAAGGGAUGAGAACUGUCUGAUCCCCAUUAUGGCACGGGAGGUUUUGCCAGUACCAAGUGGCUGAGGAGGCUGUUCUGCAGCGUUCAACUUCUCCUGCUCCUCCAGGAACUUCCCCUCAGCCUCCUCACAUGUACUGCUUAUGUAUUUACAGAGAGGAACUGGUUACUUUUACAAUGGCCUCAUUUACUUUGAACUCUCUGCUCCUGGCAUUGCUGUGAGAGAGGGAAAGGGAGCAGGACAGCUCCACAGCAGGAGCUGGAUCAUCUCCCGCAGGAAGCUCUGGGAUGAGGGGCGGGCUGAGCGGGCCCUCCGCAGGCUGCAGGGACACAUCUGGGAGAGGUGCCGGGAUAAGGACCAGACCCGCACUCAGAGCUCGCCAUCCCUUCGCAGGGAAAGCUGUGCUGGGCAGGGGAUGUCCCGAGCGGCCGCUGGGUGGGGCGAGUGCGGUGUAAUCCUGGGGCCUUCCCUGCGGGUCCCCUCCCCGCAGCUCCCGGGCCAGGACACAGCGGGAUCGGAGCCUAGGAUCAGGACCUGCUCCUCGGUGGCAUCCUUUUCUUGGAGAGGGAGGAGUGUACGAUCGGUGGCUUUGCCUCACACAGCUUGGGUCUGCUGGCUCUGUCGGUGUGUGCCUCUUGCUGCCACAAGAUGGUAUCUUCAGCGAUGGUUUCCCCUCACCUGCUCUGCCAAGCCCAGCUUAAUAUUACGACUGCGGAGUUUCUAUCUUCACAAAGUCUGCACUUUUAUCACAAAAAACACAGUGCAAGGUUGCUGGUGUGGGCUGCCUGCUGCGGGGUACGGGGGAUCCAGACAAACAGAGACAAAUGAUCAACCCUGCUACAUCACAGAAGUAAGUAUUCAUCCCACCUCCUCUCCUGCUGACAUUCUCGGGUGCUUUGCAACCCAAGACAACUCCUCUUACAAGUCAAAAUUCCUCAGUGUCGCUUUAAGGGAAUGAUUUGAAUCGUGUAUUUCAAGAAGAGGUCUCAGGUUCAUCCUCUGAACACUGCUCCAGUGGGAGUGAUGCCACACUUAGCUGUGACAACACAAGAGCUACAGCACAGCUGAGAUAGUGUCUGGAAGAAGCUUCCAAAACUGGAGUGUUGCUUUUUGUUCCUGUCUGACAACAAAUUGGUUAAUAUACUGGAAAUCUGCUGGGUCUGUCUGUACAAGCACAUAAGUAGCACAGGAUUAAAAAAAUCCCUCGAGUUUCUCCCUUGCUUCCUUCCUCCAGCACUCCUGCAGCAAGUGAUGGAAGAACCACAGGUGAUAGAGUCAAGGUCAAGUGUAUGAAUCCCACUCAUUAUUCACUUUCCUGUGGAAAAAUGAUUCUGUCCCUAUGAAGAUCAGUGCAAGAAUCUUAAAGUAACUGUGGGGCUCAUGUUAAUAUCACAGGGGCAUUUUACUUGCAUGUCCUGAUUGAGUGUUAUGUUUUGUACCUGGUUACUGUGAGCCAUCCCACUAAAACCAGGAUGCUGCCAACUUUGAAUCACAGCAGUCAACAGGAUCAAUUGUGUGGUAUGUCUAUGGAAUGAAGAUCCAUGUCUGCUUCACAUUUAAGUUGUAAAAAUUUUUAAAAUUGUAUUUUCUGAAAAGCAAGUCGCCCUCAAGUAUCUGUGGUAAUGUUCUGGGUGAACUUAAUGCAGCAGUGCCCCACUCUUGAUCAUUUCAUGAUGGUGGAACUUCUGCCAGAUUGUAAGAUAAGCCAUGUUUUAUUUUUCCUUUAUUUUUAAGGGUGGUUCUCACCAUUCUGAAGGAAAAAAAAAAGAAAAGGCCAGGGCUUGGAAAUCUUAAACUAUGAGUGACAUAAAAGCUUGAGAUUUUAAAAAAACCCCCACAACUGCAGACCUGGAAAAAGAUCCUCAAACUCAUUAUUUAGAAGCAAUGCCAUAAUUCUUGCAGCCUGACUCAUCAGUUUUUGAAAAACAGGCUUGUCAAGCAGCUGAAGUACAGCCUUUUCCCAACAGGAGCCACUUAAAAUCUCAUGGUGCCCACACAGGUUACAGACCCUCCACAUCAGGUGAUUUUUUCUCUUCAGGAAGAAGGCUCCUUACAGUCACAGUUCAUGUCCCACAUCACAAAUGCAUUUUCAUCCUUUGUAUUGAUUUUCUGAUCUGUUCAGGGCAGACUGCUGUGCCCCCUGUGCCUGGCUAGCUCUGUUCAGCCUCACUGACUCCCCAGACCAGGAACUUUGCACAUCCUGGCAAGUUAAACACACAGGGGUGGGCCAAGGCUGUUCAGCAUUUGGGAGACACUGUGAGUGUUUGACAUUUGAACCUUAAUGUCCAAAUGUCACCAUUCUGGAAGUCAUAGUCUGAUACUAUUAUUGAAAACAAACCAUGACCUCCAGAUUCUGAGCUGACCAGCACCAGAGCACACCCAGCCACAUCCUUGCCCUUUCCCAACAGCUCAAAAGUUUCUACUGCAGGGGUAAAAAAAUUAUGUGGGCAGAACAUCUUCCUGAUGCAGCUAACCAGUGUCUGACACCGAACAUAACCUGCUCAGAGGGAACACCUCCAGGGCUACACACUGUGCUCUGUGAAGCCUGGAUGUGCUUGACCAUAGACUUCUAUUAAGAAAUAGCAUCAGCAGGAUCUGGAGGAAAUUUGAGGCAGUAUAUUAAAGGUUUUCUUAGGGAACACACUUGAAAAAUUAGAAUUUGUGUAUUAUUUAAGCUAAUAAAAAGUGUAACGAUGUUAUCUGGAUGUUGCAGUGAAUUUUUCACCGUUGUCACUGAACUCAUCAAAGCCUGCUUCACAGCAAAGCAAUUAAUUCCACAAGUUGAUGGCUGAUGUGUAUUCGAAGAUUUGGAGGACUUUUUUCCCGUGGAAAAUUUCCACAGGAAAUUGCAAAAUAUCAGUUGCAAAAUAUCUAAUGAGAACCUGAAAACCUAACCUUGCUGUGAUACAAGUAGAAGUACAGUGUGGGAGUUUGGCAUAAGAUUUAGCAGACUGUAGUGCUGAUGUGACAUAAAUGGUUGUUCAAGUUACACCGGUUUUAACAUUUGAGUACACUGACAGCAAGAAUCUGUGGAUUCUUUGAAAUAAUGUGCCUGGCUAAAGUGUACAAAAUGCAUGACCACGUAUCAGUGCAGAGCUAAGAGAACACUUGCAAAAAUGCCAGAGAACUGUCAGGGAAAUCCCUUGAUGUGAACAUUAAUUAGUGUGGGAAUAGCCCACAGGCAUAAAGGGCCUCAAGUAAUAGCGGGAUGCAUACCCAAACAAAGGACAAGAUGAGCCAUCUAGAACUGGGUGCAAAAAGAAUUUAAAUGCAUGCAAUAGAGAGUAUCUUCAGAGAUUCUCUCUUGAGGGUACUGAUGAUCUUCCCUUAUUUUGCUGUGUAAGAAUUAGUGCACAAAGGACUCUAUUUGCAGACUGUACCACUCCUUUGUUUUAAUAUAAUAUUUCUCGUUACUUGGGUUUUGUUCAGUAACAAUCUUUAGAUCAAAAGAGAUGGUGUCCCUCUGUUGUUAACACUGUGCUCCAACACGCUGCAAUCUGUUUCUGAUUUCUCCACAGAAAAUCCAGUGGCGAAAGGUCAUUGGAUAACCGUGUUAGAAAACUUAAUAGGAAGUCUUUUGGUGAAUUUCUAUUCAUCAUUACUCAAACAGCAUAGCAAAUGUGAAUGAGUAACUCCCAUCCAUGAAGUUAUGAAAGGCUUUUUACUUCUUGAUUCAAUGGCAUUUUACACUCGCCCUACCCUAGAAACAGAUAACAAAGCAAAGAGCUUUUGUAAAUUCAACCCUAGUCUUGGAGAUCCCACAGGAGCUUUGGAAUGCAGGACAGCAAAGGACCUCCUACAUCCUUGAUUCAGGUACAUGAAACUGCAAGCAAACACACAUCGUCAUCGUCAUCCUUUUAUUCAGCAGAUAAACAUGUUUUCUACUCCUAGGACCUCAUUGUCAGAAAUUAUUCAGGCGUUGCAGGUAUCAGUUUGUGUGGGGCUUUGGUGCAAGGUUUGUCCUCCAGGAAAAACAGCUUUUUUCUCUCCCAGGCUGACCAACCACUUGAUGUGUUGUGGACAGCAGACAUCCCCUCUGUCAACCUUCCACUUUGCCAGGCUGAAUUCCUCUCACCUCUCCUCUCAACUCUCCAUUCCCUGGUGAACCUCAGUACUCCUGUCUCCACUGAGACAAGUCCUCCUGAGUAUAGGUGACCAGAACUACAGACCACAUCUCAGAGGUUUUCACCCAUCUCUGCACAGCACUGAUAUGCCUUUUGUGUCAUUGGGAACACCUCUCAGUGCAUGGAUGCCUUGCCAGCACCAUGAGGCUCCUUGGCAGAGCUUGCUCUGCUCCCUGACAGCCGCUGUUGAUUCAAUAAGUGACUGGACUAAUUCCAGAGAACAGCCCCCACCACGGAUGUCAAGGCCUAUUAAAUACCAAGAUAACCACCUAUGGCUCAGGAAGCUGCAGAUCACUUCAGGGUACGUUUGUGAAGUAUCAAAAUUCACUUUCCUGCUCUUCUGUUGGAAUUUGCUCUUGAUCAGAAAUGAGUCAAGAUAUGAGGUCAGACAGACCUUACUUUUAAUUUUCACUUGCUUUUUUCACCCUGCCCUGGUGAUCUGUGUAUUAUGGCUGACUGUAUGUUCCAUUAUUUCUGUUACUGAUUUCAGAUUGAGAACAUCCCAGAUUAUAGUGAAAGGUUUUGCUCCUCGUCCCAGGAGGAACAACUUUGCACUUAGACUUUUAAAAUUUCUUUUUUCUUCUGCUGUUCCAGGCCUCAGCAUUAUCUGAUCCUUCAUUCUCUGUAUUGACAAUUCUUUCUAGAUUCUUUUACAAACAAAUUCUUCUUACCGUUACAGACAGAUGUCACACCUGUCACCCGUGACUACUUGGAAACCACCUAAGAAAGCAGUGACACUGUUGGUACACAUGAACACACAGUGCUUUUCCCUUCCUCCCCAAAUCCUUCCCUGAUUUUUUACCUGCAAGUAAGUUUGGCUAUAUGAGUGACUGCUCUUUCUCAAGUAAUUUCUUAUGGGAGUUGGCUUAGCCUGAAAUAUUGUCAAAAAGACUCUUGCUCUUCAUAUUAAAAAAAAACCACCACACCAUCACCAGCCUUCACACAUCCCACAUGUGAACUAGCACAGAUAGAGUAAUGCUUCCUUUCCAAAGCCCACAGAAAGCCUAUGACUUUGCACUGAGAGAAGCCAGCUCCCAGAGCUACAAGACAAAGGCUAAAAAUAACCCAUUAAAGGAUUAAUUUCAGGAUUUUUAAAUACAGCUAAUUAAUAUGCAUAGGAAAGGCACAUGGUCUCCAGGAAGGAGCAGACACAAUCACAGAGUCUGCAAGGGAAGGAGGGGGGUGGGUGACAUGCAGGCAGAGCGCCAGGGGAGAGAUAAAAGAGGAUAUUCCCUAUAUAUAUUCCUUGGGCAGAGAACAUGCACAGGAAUGUCUGUUUCAGAGGAGGUGGAAGCAGAGGCGUGAAGCACGUCACCGUUGAAGAGGCACAGACAAUGCAGUGCAGCCACAAAGGACAGGACACACCUUGCUACAGCAAGCGAAUUCCAGUGAGGUGGCUCAGGGCCCCAGGACACCACAGGGAGAUCAAGGGAUGCAAAAGCUGCUGCUUUGGAAGUGAUGCUGCAGUUGGGAGCUGGGCGCAGCACGAAUGCACCAGUGCAAGAAGCCACAGGGCAGCAGCUGGAUGAAAAACUGGAUCUCAAGGUGGAUGGCAUGGCAGUUCAGCAGGGACCAUGUGCUGCACUCAGUUAUGACACUUUGGAGGCAAUUUCUUCCUAUGAUAGUUGCAUCCUGAAAACAAGGUACCACGUAUGAGCAACAUGGACGAUGUCAGACAGAAAGGAUUACCUACAGUUAAUGUGAAUCAGGAAGAAAAUCUGGUUACUCACAGGCUGUACUGGAAAGAACAGAGCUAUAGCAGCAGUUCCAGAGGAUUUCAAGGUGCAGGGGAAACAAGCUCACUUGAAGCAAUUUCCUCACACCAGUUUCCCCAUGAAUAACACUUAAACAAUUGGAAACUUUUUCCAUUUCUCAGACAGCAGAGGAGUGGACAGACAGACUUAAUUGCCCAACUCACUGGCUACUGAAGUCUCAAGAAAAGCUGAGGGUUUAACUGGUGGCUUAAUUAUUUAGUACCACUGCUUGUCUCCCUGACCCUUUACCCUCAUCUAAAAGGAUCUUUGAACCUUUUAGCCACUUUCACACAAUUUGAGAAACGGGGAGAAAUCAAACUUUUCUGAGGUUGGGUGGCUUUCACAAUGGUACCCAGGAACAGCCUCGAAGUGCUGUGCAUGAAGCUGCAUUUUGAGAGCCAUCUGAGCACUACAGGGACCUGUUAGAACCAAGUACAGGGUACAGGGGUUUAAUUUUGUAACAGGGGGUCUUGAUACAUGUUAAAGUUGACAAAGUCCCUAGUAGAAUUGCAGGAGAAAGAAAAGUUGCAGCACCACCAAGCCUCUGGAAAAGGGUCAGCUUCACACUUCAGUACUACAGGAUGGUGCUUUUGGAGGCAAAGGAAAAAAAAAACUACACUCUUUUCACUUAAAGACAUUCUUUAUUCAAUCUUUUUUAUAUACAAUAUUAUUUUUUAAUCUGUAAAAAGUACAUAUGCAGGAUUCCAGGUCAGAGGCAGAAGGUUUCCACAUCAGAAGAUAGACUUUUGCCCUUUUAUUAUUUUGGAGGAAAAAAUAAUCUGUCAGUUUUAGACAAAGCAAGAAUAAAGGCAGAAUGCAAAUCCAACUUCCACCAAGCGAUUAGGAUUAAAGGCAACAAUUCACUGUAACAGGUCAGGCUGUCUCCUCUGACUUUGGUGGUUCCCAACUUUCCUGGGCAAUUACAGAGCAGUUUGUCAGAAGGUGCUGACAGCUGAAGCAGCUCGUGCUUAUCAUCUCCGCUACAGCUGUACGCACACAACUCGCAAAAGAGCCUGGGCUUCCUCUUUGUAUGGCAACUCAAACUCUUGAGUCAGAAGACUGUUUCCUCAAAAUUCAAGGAGUGAAGGAGGGUUGUCUUACUCAGGGUGAACAGAUCUCCCAACUACAGUAUGGAUCAAGAGCUUGCUUUCAUUUUUCUCUGGUAUCAAGAAGCCUGUUUCUUAUUUGUCCCCUUAUAAACAUGGGCUAGGCAUAGUAGUGUAAAUACCAACAGGGCUUUGCUUAGGGGGUGCACCUCUAACCUUAAAGGAUGGCAAUACAGGGAGUGAGGAAUUAUUGUCACCUUUCAGAACCCAGGCAAUAUUCAAAUCUUGUAAAAUACUGUGGGGGAAUAUGUCAGUGUUUGGGAGCUAGAACACAGUGAUCCACAAAUUUGGAGCAGGGAGCUGAAGGAACAGCAAAGGUGUGACUGGCACAUGGAACUACCUGCUCUUCCUUCUGCUCCUGGGCACUUGCUAUUUUCUGCAUUUUUCUUGAGCAUUCAGUUUGAAGGACUACAUUGUGCAGCAAAAUUAACACUCAGAAUAUCAUUCCCGGGGUUUUUUAUUUAGAGGACAAUGCUAAGAAGUUGACUUCUUGACUGCAGGACAUGCACAGCUCCAGGGUUGUUAAUGGAAGCUGCAGAAAUCUGGCCUCUUUGAAAAGUCAAGCUUUAAUUGUUAGGAAAAAAAUUACUGCUGGCAGAUCCUGACCAACAGGCAAGUUUGAGGCUUGGAUUAGGAAAAGAACUAUACAUCCUUGUUUUGACUGCAUGCAAACAGGAAAUAGACAAUUUUGGGAUUUCCAGGCUCUUGCCCAAAUCCAGUGUGCCAAAAAUGCACAUGAUUUUCUGGUUUUUAUUUCAUUCUGUAAGGGGAGAGGGUAUUGUAGAAGUUGUAAAAUGGGACAGCUACCUAGAGAAAAUGAGGAUUGUUUUGUUAGAGAGUACAGUGCAAGACUCAGAAACAGCUAGGACUAAAAAGUCAUUUUUGUGCUUAAAUUUACACUCUUAUCUUCAAGAAAGUAAGACAGCAGCAACAGAAUGAAAUGGCAACAUUCUACUGUACCUUAUGUACCCAGAGGGAAAACAGUCUGAACUUUGGGUUGCACAUAAUGCCAUUUUGCAGAUCAGAACCUACUUUUCUGUGAAGGACUCAGAAGGAGGGCACAUCACUUCACUCAGAAGUUUCAGUAUCUGUGGUGCUUGGUAAUUAAGCAUGUACCUCGGCCAGAACCCAUAACCUCCAAACACUGCUUGAUCUAGGAAAUCUUAGGAUGAAAU